AAAGCCAACAAACGCUUUGAUUUUGAAGGCUACGAAUCCUCGAAAUAUUAUUUAUGCAAAUCGAAGUUUUACCAAAUUUUGUUGAACUUUUCGGAAAAUUGGAUUUGCGGCGUUGUAGUGUUUCAAUCGUGUCUGGACAAGUUUUUAAUUGCUGUUGCAAAAAAGGAUUUUGUUUUAGUUGAUUUUCAUUUAUUUCUCCCGUUUUAAAUUGGGACAAGUGUCAAAAAGAAAAAACGAAAGUUUUUUUAGCCUACGUAUGUAAAACUUGUGAUCGACCAAGAAUUGGAAAAAUUCCUCAACGAAGGCCAUUUCUUGUUCGAACGUUCCAGGACGCUAAGCAGGAUUCGAAGAAGUAGUUCUUGCAAUACGUAAACAUCGUGAAUUGCUCCAAAAAAUUUAACAGAAGUCUGGCCCAAAUUGGGUUAAAAAUCGGCCGAAACCAGUGAAUCUAGUUAGGACUAGUUAACAAUGGGAAGUGAGGGCGGCGAGUAAACAAAGGAAAGACGGACAGUGUUUUGAUAGUGUCAAGGUGUUUGUUCGCCGGACCUUAAGAGGGCACUGGUUGCAUACCGAAAGGAGCUCACAUAUGCACUCGCAAAAGUGCGUUUCUUGUGAUUCUGUGCCUGUGAAGCGUGUAGAUUAUAAAAGGAGCGCGCCUUUUGUGCAGUGCUCGUUUCGUGAACGAAGGUAGACCGGAAGCCGCUAUAUUGGAGAGGAAGAGGGAAAGCGGCGUGCCGCUCUUCUGUGUGCCGCGGCAGAGGCGUUCGUCACAGUCAGAAAACAAUGACGAGAUGAUUGCAAGUCUACCGGUGAACGGUGGGGCCAGUAAUGGGGGGCCGAUGAGUCGGGUGGGGCGUGGGAUUGCACUGCAUAGAUCCAAUUCCAGCCUGGAAUUACCCCACAGUCCAGAUCCUGGAUCCCGAAUACCGGAAACCCCCCUAAGAAGAGAAUAUGGUUCCCAUGGAAGCAUCGACGUGGUGGCGCAAUCAGUGUCCGUAAACGAAAACCUCUUUGCAAUGCUGCAAGAUUUUCGACCACCAGAUCAGCGUAGUCCCUCUUCUUCGGAUUUUUUGCGUCGAGUACAAGACCCCCAAUCACCGGACAUCGAUGAGGUUUGUGGUCCAACCGGAAGUAGUCCAAAACUGCGGUUGAAGCUAAAUCGACUCUGGGGUGGUAAACCACCCCGAGGGGUCGAGGAAGCUUGCACCAGUCCAGUUAUCUCCGCAGACGUUGAAGAAAGGCACAGAAGAAGGGCUUUUGCUCAUUACGAUUGCCAGUCCUUCACUGCAAAUUUGGGAUAUGCUGCGAAAUUAAGAGGCUUACUUUUAGCCAGAAGAAGAAACACAGCCACUGGAGCUUCUGCAGCGAGUUCCUUAAGAUCCUCGACUCCUGAUGAGGCUCCUGAGGAAGAUUCUGGAGAUGGAAAAGGUAACGAUCUGCUGGAAUCGUGUCCUUUUUUCCGAAAUGAAACUGGAGGAGAGGGCGAAAGAGAAGUUGGAUUGACUCGAUGUCCAAACGCAAAUGGCAUUCAUAGGCCUCCCAUGGCCUAUGGGGUUUCUGUCCUGGAGCCACCGCCUGGAGAAACUCUCUGGAAACACACAUGUCCUCUCCAAAAACGACUUUUGCCAAUCGAGAGCGUCGACGACGGUGCUUACUAUUAUCGUCGAUAUUUUCUCGGUCGAGAACACCAGAAUUGGUUCGGCAUGGACGAACAGUUGGGCCCAGUGGCGAUUAGUGUUCGCAAAGAUGGAACCCAGUAUCGAAUAAUAGUUCGAACUACAGAAUUGUUGACCUUACGAGGCUCAAUUCCCGAAGAGGCUUUAGGAAUAAGACCACAAGGAAAGCUGCCAACGAGGGAACUUUUAGAGUUGGUCGCUCCCGAGGUUCAGCUCAACUGUUUAAGACUCGGAACUCCAACUGCGGAACCGGAAGUCGCGAAUGUCGACGAGCACGGUUUAACCAGCAGGUACAAAAUUGGAAUUCUCUAUUGUCGAGCAGGACAAAGAACUGAAGAGGAAAUGUACAACAAUCAACAUGCCGGUCCUGCCUUUCUCGAAUUUCUCGACACUAUCGGCCAAAGAGUAAGACUACGGGGUUACGAAGGCUUUAAAGCGGGUUUGGAUACGAGAACGGAUUCAACUGGUACUCACGCAGUCGUCGCAAGUCACAGAGGAGCGGAAGUCACUUUUCACGUUUCCACGAUGUUGCCUUUCACUCCAAACAAUAGACAGCAGCUAUUAAGGAAAAGACACAUCGGAAAUGAUAUAGUCACGAUCGUCUUUCAGGAACCUGGUGCAUUGCCUUUCAGUCCGCGCAGGAUACGUUCGCAGUUUCAGCAUGUCUUUAUCAUCGUGCGAGUUCUGAAUCCCUGUACAGAAAAUACCCAAUACACAGUGGCCAUCUCCAGAAAUAAGGAGGUUCCGAUUUUCGGACCACCAGUUCCUGCCGGUGCCAUUUUCACAAAAGGAAAAUCAUUCUCAGAUUUCAUUCUUGCAAAGGCAAUCAACGGCGAGAAUGCAGCACACAAGGUUGAAAAAUUCGCAACGAUGGCUACUAGAACGAGACUCGAGUACCUGAGAAACCUCGCAACAAAAUACUCCUCCACGUCUGUAGUUGACACUGGGCAGAAAUUCUCAAUGCUUUCUUUUAGCAGUAAAAAGAAAGCAGCAGUGCGACCUCGAUUGCCCUGUGAUGCCUCCCAACGUGGGGCCAUUUGUUGGCAAGUGAUUUUAGAGGACAGUAAUCAAAGUACAGACUGUUAUCUGGGCAUAAGUGUCGAUUCGAUUGUCCUUGUCGAAGAGCACUCUCGGCAAAUAGUUUUUGUAACCCCAGGUGUUAGCGUUCUUGGUUGGCACGCCCAGACAAACAGUUUGCGUCUUUACUAUCAUCAAGGCGAAUGCAUAACAAUCCACGUUCGUGGCGACUGCGGCGAACGCGACGAGCUGAUGGAAAUUGUCGCUCGCCUUCGAGCAGUGACUCAAGGAUCGCCAGCCUCGGAACUUUCCCUGAAGAGGAAUAAUUUGGGCCAACUGGGAUUUCACGUUCAGCCCGACGGAGUCGUCACUCAGGUGGAAAGUAUGGGUCUGGCUUGGCAGGCGGGUCUUCGACAAGGCUCGAGGCUCGUGGAAAUUUGCAAGGUCGCCGUGUCCACCUUGAGCCACGAUCAAAUGGUGGACCUUCUGAAAACGAGUCUUCAAGUCACGGUCACUGUCAUACCGCCUUCCAAUGAUGGAAAUCCACGAAGAGGCUGUCCUCUGCAGAAUUGCCAGUACCUGUCGGGGAACUACGAGGGGGAGUACGAGAACGUGACAAGUCCCGAUAAUACUCCCACACAACAAACAGCAAUGUCCCACCAGAAAAGGUACGACAGGUCCUUCAGCCCACCGAGAUCCAGCAACAGCUCUGGGUACGGGACCGGUUCAAGUUCGAGGUCGUUCAACGAUCCACGGUUUCCCCUGGAGGGUACCAUGACCAGCAGCAGCAGUGGACACAGUAGUGCUGACGAUCGAUGGUAUGAACUCCUCGAGCCUCAGGAUCAAGAUCCGAAUCAUCGUCGGGACGAAACACCUCCUCCACUUCCCAUUCGUCAAAAUUUUCAAGCAGUAACUCCCAACAAAGGAACGCCAGGUCAGAAAAAGGAGAGAGAAUCACACUACAGUACUGGAAAGCAGCAAUUCCUCGAUUCGGCGAGACAUCACAAUCACGAUCAUUUUGUCAAGGAGUCAAAUUACGUCUCCCCUCGAGUAUUACAGGAAAGCAUAAGACAGGAAAAUUUCCAGCGAUUUGAGAACGCACAUCGUAAUCAGGAGCAAAUUUCCCAAAGCUAUGUGAAGCAGCAAAAAGAGAAGUACGAGGUGAAGCAGGAAAAUGUCUAUGCCUCGCAGAGAGAUCUUCACAAAAAUGAGUCGCAGAAUCAUCAGAAACUCGCUGCCUCAACAUCCUUGCCUCUGGCUCAAAAUUCUGGUUACAGUUUGGCGAAAUCUGGCAGCAAUAAUAAUUUGAUCCGAUAUAACGAGUAUGAUCAAUCGAAUUAUGAUAAUAAGCCUGAUCGGAAUUCGAAGUAUGAUAUUUAUGAGGAGAAGUGUAGCAAACACGAGGAGGAAGUGAGACAUCGUGAAAAACGAAGCGGUUAUGAGUAUGAUGAAAAUUAUGAGAGGAGAGGCAGUAAAUAUGAGGCGGAUUUGUUGAGAAGUGACUUGAGGCAUGAGAACGAGCCGCAGAAUUCAGAAGGGAAGCGUGACGAUCACGAAUACAGUCGUGAAAAUAAACGGUAUUAUGAGGUGCCGCAUGAAUUUAAAGUUGGCGAGAAAGUCACUUGUUUGAAGACCACAAUGUCCGAGAGGCCUGUUCCUCACAAGGUGAGCAUCGAAUACAGGCCGAAGGAUUUUAUCUCAAGUCUUCCUCCAGAGGUGAGAAAUCCUGAUGGGAAUGCCACUGACAUUUCGACUCUUCCCAGCGAGGACGAAUUAUCAAACGGAUCCGGGAGCGUCUCUCCCCGGAUGCGACGGGCAAAUAAACAUCGGGGUGGAAAUCUGACUCCCUCGAGUGGUGGAUCCAGAAAUCAGAGUCCAAGACCAAAACCCGGAGCGCGAAAUUCCCACAGGAACUCUGCAAAUUUGACCUCCUGCAGCACUCUCCAGGAAGACUUGAUGAAACUGAUAAAUCCUGAUUAUAUCUCGGAUGAUAAUCAGAUUGGGAAUAAUAAUUUUUCUGGAAAUAAUCAGAACUCGAAUAAGAUGAAUAAUAAUUUGCUGGAGAUUCAGAAUAGGUGCAGAUCGCGGGAGAAUUUGUGUGGAAAUAGUACCUCGACUCUGAGCGUGUUGGAGAGAAAUGGUCAGGAAAAUGGGAAUAAUGGCUCGGAAGUUAUAUUGACGAUGGCGCGACCGGCGACUGUUAUUUCGAAUGCGAGCACUGCUUCGAGUCCGGCGCCGAGUGAAAAUAAAAUGACGAAGGAGGAAAGAUUGUCUCCGAGAGUGACAAAAACUCCACAUACGAUAACGAAACCUCCAAGCACUUUAACUGCCAUAAGAGAUACGAAAUUGCAGUCAGAAAAUGAUCCUGAUUGUUGGCCCAAUCAUAUCGAUUCUAGUGCAAAAAACACAAAACACUGUCAGGAUUGGUCUGAUGAAAGACUUAUUGAUGGAAACACUUCUUCUCCAAAUUCCGCUUCGGAUUUGCAGUCCCAUUUAUCGACCCUGGAAUUGCGAGUGGCGAGAGAAACUCGCCGACGACUGUCACUGGAGGACGAAGUGCGUCGUUUGCGAGACGAAAAUCGUAGAUUACAAGACGAGAGUCACGCAGCGGCUCAACAAUUACGACUCUUCACCGAAUGGUUCUUCCAGAAUAUAGAUCACCAGUGAAAAAAAGGGAAGAAAACAAAAAGAAUCGAACCUACUCGUAGUUUAUUUUAUAAUCAUGUUAACGUAACAUUCAUAAUAUAAAAAUAGCGAUACGUUAAAAAAUGGUUAAGCUCCCUCAGCGUGAUCCCCAGUUUAUUAAAUCGUAGUUUAAUAUUAAUAUUCCCCGUUAAAAGAACUCUUCCCAACAAAGAGAUUAUCCUCUCGAUAAAUUUUAUUCAUUCCCAAUAAAUUUUAUUCAUUUUAUUCGAAUGAAAAAUUUUUCUCGACGCUUUUGAACGUUUGACAAACUAAGAUUAAAUGCAGUAUUAGUAAGUAAUUUACUUUGAAAUCGUGUAGAUGUAAAAAAAAAAAGAGAAAGA